AUGAGUAAAGAAGUGAGCAGCACAGAGGUGGGGUCCUCGCAGGACGAAUUGCAGGCCUCGGUGGUGCCGGGAUCAAACGAACUGUUGCUAAAGUUCAUCAACUCCGCACAUUUUACUCUGUACCACAAUAUCGAAUACUUAACACGGUAUGCCGGGAAUGUGGGGAUCCAUUUCCAUAUUUGCCAGAAGCUGCUGUCCUUUCCGCACAACGAAUUGCAGUUCUAUAUUCCGCAGCUGGUGCAGGUGCUGCUGACGGUGGAGACGGAAUCGAUGGCGCUGGAGGAUCUGCUGAUGAAACUUAGCGGAGAAAACCCGCAUUUUGCAUUAUUGACGUACUGGCAGCUGCACGCGCUACUGUCGGAUCUCGCGACGGAUCCAGCAUCCUAUGGGUUCCAGGUUGCCAGGCGCAUGAUCAACAAGCUGCAGGUGGUGCUCUGUAGUACGUCAUCCAUUCCACAGGAGACGAAAGUGCAUGAAAAUUUGUCUCCCUCACUGGUCCUUGCAUCCAUGGUGAUGAGUUCGAUAGCAUUUCCACAGCUCGCGGUAAGUGCCAAACCGCUUGUGGAAUCGCAGGGCAAGCGCCAGCGAAGCCAUGUAUUCAAGCUUGCAAAGAACGCGAUCGGUAACCUUGGCAAGAACAUAUCUUUGAAAAACACUGUUACUGGCAGGCGGCCUGGAAGCAACAAGAAAACCACUGGGUCCGCGGUUGACUUGGUGGAUGUGAAGACAAAGGAAGACACUCAAUUCAAGAAACAAAAAGAGAAGGAUAUCCCGUCUCUCAACUUUGAUAUGGUCGAUAAUGUUGGAGACCACUUGUUAGAAGACAAGCUAUCGAGCUCAAUUGUACUCCCUAAGCGGAGACAAAAGAACACUGACCAGUCCUACAUGCAUAGGAUAUACAAGCCCAAAGAUAACGAUGGUGCUAAGCUAGAGGAAUACACAAACUCUAUGCCUAAUUUGCAUCUGAAUUCUCGAUCCAGCACGUCACUCCACUCGUAUAAGGAUCAGCAAUCAUUGGAGCAGCAUGGAAGUGGUAGCAUCACGCAGUCUCCGUCCAAUGAUUUAAAGAAGAGCCACAAACGGAAGACAUCUCGGCAUGGAGCAAACAUCUAUAACCUGGAGCCCUCCAGUUUAUCAGCCACACAUAAAAUCAAAAUCUUGAAGGCAAAUUACUUCCGCUGCGAGAUGCAGUUUGUGAUUGCUCUAGAAACGAUAUCCAGGAAGUUGGCGCAAGUUCCCACUGAAGCUCGCCUAACUUCAUUGAGAGCUGAGCUUUCUAUCAUGAAUAGGGACUUGCCAGCUGAGGUAGAUAUCCCUACACUGUUGCCGCCUAAUAAGAAGGGCAAGCUGCAUCGAAUUGUAAAUAUUGCUGCUAACGAAGCUCAGGUGUUGAACUCAGCAGAGAAGGUUCCGUUUCUGCUGUACAUAGAAUAUCUACGGGAUGAUAUGGAUUUCGACCCUGCAACAGAGAAAAACGAUAGUUUACUGAAAGUGAAACCAGAUGAUGGUAGUUUCAUUUUUGAUUUGAGCAAUUUGGACAACAAUGACAACCAGGACAUCAUGUGCGAUAGCAAUUUAUCAUGUGGGGCUAUCUCGGAGCCUGGGACGCCAACUAUACGAAAGGAAAUUGAUCUCGGUGAUUUGUCAAUGGUUAAGAUUACCGAUCAGAGUGACAUGGAUACAAAUAGAAGGGAGAUGCUACUCAACACUGCCGAAACCGUUCCAAAGAUUAGUAGUAAUUCAGUUUCACGGAACUCCGAGCUAUCCUUUAUCAGUAAUCUUGAUGAGAUGACACAGAGGUUUAUGGGGGUUGAAGGAGGUGAACCUCCGAACUUUUCAGAUGACCUCGCGACACAAAUGCGAAUUUCUGCAAUGAUGCUGGCUCAGCUAGAUAAGUCGCCACAACAACUCUCAGAUACUACUAAUCAGAUACGUGCGAAGAUCAUUGCUUCGAUGCAAGAAGCUCAAGAUAGGUUCGGCUACUAUGAUUUGGAAUCGGUCCAUGGAAUGGCGGGAGAACGCAAAUUCGAAAAUGACCUCAAAACGGGAGGUAUAUACCCGACUGACAGAAAGAAUACAACAUACCUCGGCGAAGAUUGGAAUACGAAGAAGGAGAAGAUUCGCAGCGCCUCACAGUAUGGCCAACAUGAAAAUUGGGACCUGUUUUCGGUUAUUGCCAAGUCGGGAGAUGAUCUACGCCAGGAAGCAUUUGCCUGCCAGCUCAUCCAGGCUAUGGCCAAUAUUUGGAACAAGGAGAAGGUCGACGUGUGGGUGAAGAAGAUGAAAAUCCUGAUCACCAGCGCCAACACAGGACUUGUGGAAACGAUCACAAACGCAAUUUCGGUCCACAGUAUCAAAAAAUCCCUCACGAAACAGAUGAUUGAGGAGGGUGAGUUGAAUGAGAAGGGAACCAUUGCCACACUUUGUGACCACUUCUCCCGUUCCUUCGGCGAGCCAAACUCUUUCCGUUACAAGCGCGCGCAGGAUAAUUUUGCCUCUAGUCUGGCAGCUUACUCGCUCAUCUGUUACAUUCUGCAAAUCAAAGACCGUCACAACGGGAACAUCAUGAUAGAUAACGAGGGUCAUCUUGUUCAUAUUGAUUUUGGUUUUAUGCUGUCGAAUUCCCCCGGUUCCGUGGGCUUCGAAGCCGCCCCUUUUAAACUCACCCAGGAAUAUGUCGAUGUUCUAGGCGGCAUAGAGGGUGAACCUUACAAGAAGUUCAUCCGGGUCCUUAAAGAGGCAUUCCGCGCUCUCCGCAAACAUGCUGACAUGUUCGUUAGCAUGUGCGAGGUAAUGCAGAAGGACAAUAUGCAGCCCUGCUUCAACGCCGGUGAGCAAACCAGCAUCCAGUUGCGCCAACGCUUCCACACGGAAUUGGCUGAAGAUGAGUGCGAUGACUUUGUAGAAAACGUCCUAGUUGCCAAGUCACUGGGCAGUAUCUACACUCGUCUCUACGAUCAAUUUCAACUGAUGACGCAAGGUAUUUGCACGUAG